AUGUUGAGACCUGUAGCAAUCGCCCUGACUCUUAUUGGAGCUGUCUCUGCCCAGUCCCCUGAUGCAGACGGGCGAUACACGAUUCGUGCCAACGGCAUCAAAGCGCAGUUUAUCCCCUACGGUGCGACUUUGACCAAUUUGUUCGUCAAGGACAAGGAUGGGAAUGACGUAGAUGUUGUCCUUGGAUAUGAUGAUGCCGACUUCUACCCUGUUGACCCAUCUCAUCCUGUGUAUAAUGCCAUCCCCGGGCGCUAUGUGAACCGGAUAAGCAACGCCUCAUACACAAUCGGCGACGAGACCUUCCACACCGAAAAGAAUGACGGGGAGAACACCUUACACAGCGGCACAAAUAAUUGGUCAUUCCGAACGUGGGACGUGACCAGAUUCACCAAAGAUUCAAUCACGUUCUCGAUACUCGACAAAUCCAACUCCUCCCAGGGAAUGAUUGGUGAUGUCUACUCCAAGGUGACGUACAGCGUCAAGGACUCUGUGUGGAAGAUCACCAUGGAGGCCAUCUCUCCGCAGGCACUGACCCCCGUCAUGUUGACGCAGCAUACUUAUUUCAACCUGGAUGCAUACAAGGACCCUGACACAGAGAAGAUCUGGAACCACACAUUGUACAUGCCAUACUCGCAACGCUAUCUCGUCAACUCAGACUCGGCCAUCCCCACAGGCGAAAUCGGGGUCGCGGAACCGGGAAGCAUCGAUGAUUUCGCCAGUGAGCCGGGCAUUGAAUUGGGCCAUGCUUCAGACGAUCCCGCAUUUUCCGGACACUGCGGAGCGGGUGGCCAGUGUGAAGGCUACAACGGCUACUUCCUCAUCGAGGACGCACCCAAGGACGCCGUCGUCGUGUCCCUCGGGAGCCACUUCUCAGGAAUCAAGGCCGACCUUAGAACUGAUCAGCCGGGCGUUCAGGUCUAUACUUGCAACUGGUUCGGCGGCACGACAGAUCUGAAGAGCACGCAGGGUCUCGAGGACAGGACUACAGUUGGUCGGAGCUCCUGCGUAGCAAUCGAAGCACACGAUUACCCAGACGGCAUCAACCAUCCGGAGUGGGAUAGAAAGGACUACCAACUCACCGGGCCCGGAGAAACCUACAAAUGGUCAAGUUCGUGGACAUUUGGCCUCUUAUAA